UCAGAUCAUGCUAACACACUGAGCGUGAGCAUUCCCGAAGAGGCUCCUCUGAAUGUUCUGCUUGGACACUCAGUCACCAUCCCCUGUUACUUCAUCAAUGCUGUGGAACAUUUGACCGUGGCCCCCUCAACAGCACCGUUAUCCCCUAGGAUCAAAUGGAGCAGACAUAACAAAGUACGUGAAACAGUCUUACUGGUGGCCGCUGAUGGCGAACUCCGUGUCAAUGAAGCCUACAAAGGACGUAUUUCUUUACCAAACUAUCCUCUCAUCCCUUCUGAUGUCAGCCUUGAAAUUGUAAACCUGUUGUCCAGCGAUGCAGGUACCUACCGCUGUGAAAUAAUGCAUGGGAUCGAAGACAGCCAAGAUACAGUAAAACUCAACGUAAAAGGGAUCGUUUUCCACUACAGAGCAAUCUCCACGAGAUACACUUUGGAUUUUGAAAAUGCCAAAAAAGCUUGUACACAAAACAGUGCUGUCAUUGCUACUCCUGAACAACUUCAGUCAGCCUAUGACGAUGGCUAUCACCAAUGUGAUGCAGGCUGGCUUUCUGAUCAGACAGUGAGGUAUCCAAUUCAUAAUCCACGUGAACCUUGCUAUGGUGACAAAGAAAUGUUCCCCGGAGUUAGAACUUACGGUGUUCGAGAAACUGAUGAAACCUAUGAUGUAUAUUGCUAUGCUGAAGAUAUGGAAGGUGAAGUGUUUUAUGCAACAUCUCCAGAAAAGUUCACCUUCCAAGAGGCAGAGAAGCAAUGCCAGAACCUCGGAGCUAGACUGGCUACUACAGGAGAACUUUAUCUGGCUUGGCAGACUGGCAUGGAUGUGUGCAGUGCUGGUUGGCUGGCAGAUCGCAGUGUUAGAUAUCCAAUAUCCUAUUCACGUCCCAACUGUGGUGGAAACUUAGUUGGAGUCAGAACAGUCUAUCUCCACCCUAACCAGACUGGAUAUCCAGAUCCUCUGUCUCGUUAUGAUGCUAUUUGCUAUAAAGGUGUCCUUAUGUGUUCUUUAAACUGCUUUACUCCUGGAAUAGAUGAUGUUGAAAACAUUACUAUUCAAACUGUGACACAUCCUGGAUUGGAGCUCAUCUUCCAGCGAAAUGUUACUGAAGAGGAAGCUCGUGGCAGUAUUGCUACCUUGGAAGGUCUGGACUUUACCCUCACACCCUCUGAAGACAGCUUUACAGCUACACCAGUCUUUCCAGGAACGCCUAUAAGUCCAGACCUGGUGCCAACAGAAGCCCCAUUGGAAAACAUCACAGAGGAUAGUCUUCAGCUAUGGCUGGAAAAUGUCACAGCUGUUCCAUCUGUUGAAGCUACUGGCACAAUUGAGGAGGAAGUAGUGCCAGCUACUGCUGCCAUUGAUGUUGCCCAGCCAGAAAAACCUAUCUCUGAGACUGGUAAGUGCUAA